AUGAAUUACCUGUGGGAUUUAGUUACUGGAUCCGUUUCAAAAGUGUUGAGCUAUUUGGGUUUAUGGCAGAAGCAUGGAAAGUUGGUGUUUCUUGGUCUUGAUAAUGCUGGAAAGACCACUCUUUUGCAUCGACUAAAAGAAGAUCGAAUGGCUCAACAUGUUCCUACAUUGCAUGCAACAUCAGAAGAACUUUCGAUCGGAGGAAUGCGUUUCACUACUUUUGAUUUAGGCGGUCAUGAACAAGUUAGGCGAGUAUGGAAGAAUUACAUUGCCGCUGUUGAUGGUUUGGUCUUUUUGGUGGACGCUUGUGACCGCGACAGGUUUUUGGAAUCCAAACGUGAGUUGGAUAACCUCCUUCAAGAUGAGCAGAUUGCUCACGCUCCGAUUCUCAUUCUGGGCAACAAGAUUGACAAAGCCGGGGCGGCGAGCGAGGAUGAACUGCGUUACUAUUUGGGAUUGCAAGGUGUAACGACUGGUCGUGGAAAUGUUCGAAGGGAUCAGUUGAUAUCUGGUAGACCAAUUGAACUCUUCAUGUGCAGUAUCAAAAAACGUCAAGGAUAUGGUGAAGCUUUCAAUUGGUUGGCUCAGUAUUUGGAUUGA